AUGGCUCUCGAAGUCCUCGCCGACAACCCGCAUCCAGAUAAUAUCUACUCGAGCUUGAUCCAAGGGCAAAAGUUCGCCGUUAUCCCAAGCCUUGAACUUGAGUCUGGGGACGUCUUACAUAGCUGCCCUGUGGCAUACAAGACUUGGGGCCGACUGAACGAGAACGCCGACAAUGUCUUGGUCAUCUGCCAUGCCCUAACAGGUAGUAGUGAUGUCGGUGACUGGUGGGCUCCUCUUCUGGGACCGGGGAAGGCAUUUGACCCACGCCACUUCUUUAUCUUUUGCGGUAACGUCCUGGGAUCGCCAUACGGGAGUGCCUCACCCUUGACUGCAGACCCGUUGACGGGGAAGCGGUACGGGCCUAGCUUCCCGCAGACGACUGUGAGAGACGACGUUCACGCUCACAGGAAAGUCCUAGAUGCUCUCGGUGUCCGGUCGGUGGCCGCCGUCAUAGGUGGGUCGAUGGGCGGCAUGACAGCUCUCGAGUGGCCAUUGUGCAACGAUCAGGGCUAUGUGAGAGGGAUCAUACCCAUCGCAACGGCGGCAGAUCACAGCGCCUGGGGAAUCUCGUGGGCCGAGACGCAACGGCAGUGCAUCUAUGCCGAUCCGGUUUUUGAUAGCGGCCACUAUGAUCCUUCCCCUGAGGGCCAGCCGUCAGCAGGACUUUCAGCAGCACGCAUGAUCGCAAUGCUGACGUACCGCUCGUGCGUGAGUUUUGAUCACCGUUUCGGGAGGAGGCCACCGCGACAGACUCAGAUAUCGAAUACGUCUUUGGAUAUAUCAAAGACGUGGGGCGGGCCUCCCAUGGAUCUCCCGAGGACUAACGACGCUGUCGUGUCUUCCAACAAGCCCGUUGACAAAUGUGGCAUCAGGAUGACCUCGCAGCAUGUGAGAAGUCUUUCUCACACAUUUUCUGCCCAAGGAUAUCUUCAUUACCAAGGCGAGAAGUUCAUCGGGAGGUUCGACGCCAACUGCUACCUUCAUCUAACGCAUAAGAUGGACAGUCACGAUGUCAUACGAGGACGAGGACUGGAGAAUCUCGAGCUUAACCGUCCAGCCAUCGACGGGUACGAAAGUGACGAAGAGACUUUGCGAAAAAUCUUAUCCAAAGUCCCCCCAGGAGCACUAGUCAUUAGCGUUGAGACCGAUGCUCUUUUUCUACCAGAGCAGCAGAGGCGUCUGGCUGCCUGUCUUCCAAAUGCCUCAAUUUCCAUUCUCAAGUCGUCCGAUGGUCAUGAUGGAUUCCUGCUCGAGUUUGAACAGCUGGACGCCCUGAUCCAGGCAAAGCUACGGGUUGACAUUUCUCAGUUCUACCAGCAGGUACAUAUGUAUGAGAUUGUAAUGACAGAGAUUCCAGGAGGACAGGGGGAAGGGUCACUUACCGGAGAGGUUGAGCAAUGGUGA